GAUUUUUUGUGACUUUCAUAAAACUGUAAGCAGCAUGAUAACAUAUUAUGCGUUAAGGAAAUAAUGCACACUCCGUAUAAUUUAGAACAGAGUGAUUCAAAAGAAUCCUGCAAUAAGAGCUCAUCGUGUACAGACGAAGUCGGGAACGAUGGAGACAACAACGAUAAAAUAAGUGCCAUGUCACAUGUUUCUGGUGAUCGUCCAAAGAUUUCUGCUAAAGCAAAGAAACGUUGCCCACUUGGAUACUCACCUAAAAAACUCAAUUUAAACGACGAUGGCUGGACAACCACAGAUAGUGAGCCCAAGUUGGAUUGUUGCUGUCGCACGAAAUCGCAACUUGCUGGAAUAACGACAAAAGUAGAUCAACUAGAAGAGUCAUGGAAAAUUAUUCGUAAAAAGUUCAAACUUCAUGAAGACAAUAUAGACGAGAUGCAGGAACGUUUGUACUUGUACGAGCAUGGGACCCCUGGAACGUUCUUUGCAAAUGUAAAAUAUUACAUCGCUCUUGUUAAAUGUACAAUCGUACCUUUUGUAAUCGUGGAAGUCAUUCACCGAGUUUUAUUUUAAGUCAUUACAAAACCAUGCAAAUCAAGAGUGUAAAAUUACAAGACCUACCCCAAUUGAUGGAAUAAAAUAACAAGUUUUCCUA